GGGUGGUUGACUGGGGGUCAAUGGGGCGGCAGUCCUAUGGCAGUCCCAUUAGUCGUGUCUGGGAUCUCGUUUAUUUCCUCUUCCCCAAAGAGGCGAUUGCUGUGCGCACGCUUUGGCACGCUUUGGCACGCCGCCGGUGGACAGGGAAGCUCCGAUGCGUGCAUGAGCUAAGCCGAAGCCGAAGCCGCAGGACAGCCGGAAACGCCUCAUCCUCGACCGGACCAAUGUGUGCAAGGCAGACCGUGUGGCCUUCCUCAGUUUGGCCUUCAAUCCCAAAAGCGCCGUGUGCAUCCACUUUGCGGCCACCGCGCAAGAGUGUGAGGAGCGGGUGGCGAAGCGGACGGAUCACCCGACCAUCAAGUUUGGAGGGGGCCGUGGAGCAGUCAGGAGCAUGCAGGACUCGCUGGAGCUGCCGUCGACCGCAGAAGGGUUUGAGGAAGUCUUGACCGUGACGAGCUUUCAGGAGGCCGAACAUUUGCUGAAGUGCUAUGGUGCUGAGGCACCGAAAGUGAGUCCCAUGGGCUUCUUCAAGUUCCCCACCACACCACAUAUCUUGGACCUAACCAAUGGCAAGGCCUUGACCGAGAGCGACCGGCUCUUGAGCGAGAAGGAGGCCCAAGAGUUCUUUGAUGGGAAGACGACCAUCAUCAUGGAAGAGAAGAUUGAUGGCGCAAACUUGGGAAUCUCACUUACCGACAGCUAUGAGCCGCUCUACCAGAAUCGGGCACACUACGUCUCCAGCGGAUAUGCCACGCAAUGGAAAGCCUUGGACAGCUGGUGGGAGGAACAUGGCUGGGCCAUUUGCCAACUCUUAGAACCCGAGGUGGAGGUGCUCUUCGGCGAGUGGCUUUGGGCGCGUCACAGCGUGGCCUAUACCAAGCUUCCGGCCUAUUUCGUGGCCUUUGACAUUUACAACAAACGCCAAGGACGCUUCGUGUCAGUCCGAGAGCGCAACCGGCGUUUGGAGGGCCUGGAUAUCCCGGUCGUGCCACAACUGGCCGAGCGGAGCUUUGCGAAUCGCCAGGAGCUUGAGGGUUUCUUGGAACGCACGUCAGCCUUCGGCGAAGGGCCUUUGGAAGGCGUGUAUCUUCGCAUCGAUGAACCAGUCUCUCAGGGAGGAGGUCUUUGGCACAAGCGCCGGGGCAAGAUCGUGCGGAGCGAUUUCAUCCAGACCAUCCAGGAUGGAGGUCAUUGGAUCCAUAAGGAUGUCGAGAGGAACUCUUUAGCGUAUUGAGGGCGUAAAGAGCUGCGCCAGCUCUUUUGCGAGCUGGGAGGACAAUAGAGCCAAAACCUAUUUCGCAGACUUGACCCUCUUGAAGCGUGCCUUUUUUCGAGGCUCUUUUCGGAGGUGCAACAUUGUACAGUUUGGGUUUGGAAGACCCCCUGCCCUGAAAGGGCCUGGCAUUAUCCUUCGCCUCUUGACUUUGAAAGAGGAUGAAAGAGGUGAAGAUGGAUGAAAAGUCCUUGCAUCACUGGUGUUGGUCAAACCUCGCCCGAGUUUCUUG